AUGGCGACGCCUCCACCUAGGAACUCCUUCGCCAGUGUCGGAGACACUGGGGGGCUGAGAGAAGGCAGACGCAGCAGUUUCGUGGCAACGACCCCACUGGCAGAAACGGCGGGCAGUGCUGGCCCGGGGGCAUCGGAGCCUAAGCGAGGUCUGUUCAACGACGGGAGCCCUUGGGUGGGGGGGCGCGCAGAGUCGCCUUCGACGGCGGCGUCCCCUCUGCCGGCGACCCGCGGGGAGACCAGCCACUUCCGACGCGCGGAGGAGCUGUGGAGGAAGGCCUCCAAGGCCCGUGAGGGAUCCCGCCGCCGCACGAUGGGCGCGGCGCCUACGCUCGAGCAGCGCAUGGCCUGGCGCAGGGAGCAGGAGGAGGAGGAAGCACAGAAGGACGACGGCGGCGAGGGGGAGGAAGGGAGGAGGAGGCGCAAGGUGCGGUCUCAGCAAGAAGAACGAGAGAACGGCUGCCUCCCCCCCCGUUCUCCUCGUGUGAACGGAGCAGCCGACACCGCCAAGCCGCUGCCCGCCGAGGGCGGGGUUAGUCCCCGGGCUCCCGGCAAGGGGGGGCUGGGUACCCCCCCUUUGCCGCCAGGAACCCAAGGAGCCGUUGCCGCGCCCCCCGCGCCUGCUGCUGCUGCUGCUGCUCCCGGGCGCGAAGGAGACGGGGGCGCUUGCAAGCACCUAGAGGGGGCGCCGGAAGUUCGAAGCCAGGGCGGGGAAGGGGAGGUACUGGAUCGGGGGGCGGUACGGGCGAAGGUGGUGGCCAUCUACGAGGAACACAACAGAGACAAGCUUCAUACGGUGGAUGAAACCCUGGAUAAGUACGAGGGGAAGUGGGCCGUCAUGCUAAAGCGAUUGGAUGAGAAAUAUGUGUCAGCUACAGGCCUUCCUCCCGCUUCCGGCAACGGCCCGUUGUGCUUCAUGGAUAUCGAGGUGGGCGGGGAGGCCGUUGGGAGGUUGGUGUUCCGGCUCUUCGCCGACAAGACCCCCAAGGCUGCGGAGAACUUCCGCGCGCUCUGCACGGGGGAGAAAGGACGCGGGCUUCGUUACGAAGGAAGCGCCUUCCACAGGAUCAUCCCCGGUUUCGUGGUACAGGGAGGCGACUUCACCAGGGGGGACGGCCGUGGGGGAAAGUCCAUCUACGGGGACAAGUUCGAGGACGAGCCGUUCAUGCGACACCACAAGCUGGGACUGCUGAGCAUGGCCAACAAGGGCGCGAACACCAACAACAGCCAGUUCUUCAUCACCCUCAAGGCUGUUGCCCACCUGGACGGGAAGCACGUGGUGUUUGGGGAAGUGGAGAGCGGGAUUAAGGUGCUAGACCGCAUGAAAUCGGUGACGCUGCUUGAGCCCAAGAGGGACGGGAAACCGGCGUCGGACCAGCGGGUGGUAAUCUCCCGCUGCGGGCAGCUCAAGGAGGACGGAACCGAAGUUGAGCGCGCAGCCACCCCAGCUAGUGUCCCGCCGCCCACCGGGGGUAUGUUCGCGUCCUCUAGUCCGGCGACCCCCCUCGCCUCCGCCGCGGUCUUUGGCCGGCCAUCGAACCUCGGCACCCCGUCCGCGGCAACGACGGGGUCGAGUUUCUCAUCGACAGGCUUCGGAGGCGCCGCAACUACUCCAGUCUUUGGGGGCGCCGCCGCGAGCUUUGGGAACGCCGCCGCGAGCUUUGGGGGUGCCGCCGCGAGCUUUGGGAACGCCGCCGCGAGCUUUGGGGGUGCCGCCGCGAACUUUGGGGGCGCGGCCGCAAGCUUUGGGGACGGUACCGUAGGCGGCGGGUCCGGUGGCGGUGGCGGGGGAAUCUUCGGGUCUGGGCCGAAGACCCCGGCGGUUCCGUCGUUCGGCCAAGCUGGCGCUGCCGCUUCCCCGGUGGCUGCUCAAAGCGAUAGCAAGAGGACGGCCGCCGCGCCUUCCACGAGCGGCGGCGGCGGCGGCGGCAGCAAGGAUGGCUUCAGCACCCCCCCCGUCCACAACCGCUACUUUGCGACCCCCCCGCGCGACCUCUCCGCGGUGGCGGCUCGGGUGGCCACUCUCACGCCCUCGUCGGACCGGCGGCGGAGCGGCUCCAGCCCGAGGCCCCACGGCGGCGCGGCGGGGGCGGCGUUCGACCGGCUGGACGACGCGGGCACCGGGUGGGUCGGCCGGGAGGAGUUUGAGGCCCUCGUCGGCAGCGCCGGGCUGCCGUUCGAGACGGAGAAGCACGGGCAGGCCCUGCUGAAGCUGUGCGUCCCCCGGCUCCCCCGCGACCGGUUCCUGGAGUGGUACGCGGGCGCGAGGAGGGAGCAGCGAGAGGCGGCGGGCGCGGCCGGGCCCGCCGGCGAGGCCGCCGUGGGCUCAGGAGGACGACCGCCGCGGUCGAGAAGCGGCAGCGGCAACAGCAGUAGUGCCGUCCCAGCAGCAGGAAAACCGAAAGCGGCUGCGGUCGAUGCGCCGGCGGUGGCCGACCAGGGUGGAAGCGGCGGCGGCGGCGGCGCUGCUGGCGUUGUGCGCGAAACCGGUUCCGGCGGCACAUCCUCGGACAAGGAGGACGAUGCCGACGCUGAUGCCACUGACGAGAGCGGGGACGAAGAGGAGCGCAGGGAGGAGAAGGCCAAGGCCGAGAAGGCUUUCGCGGAGGUCGACGGCGCCGCCAAGGGGUGGCUGGAAGAGAGCCAGUUCGAGGCCCUGAUGGAAGCGGUCGGCACCACCUACGCCGUGGAGGACCACAAGCCGAAACUGUUGGCGAUCUGCACGGCCGGCCGGUUGGAGAGGCAGGCGUUCUUGGCAUGGUACAUGGACUGGCUGUUCGGCGAUGAGGAGUCAUCGGACGAGGAGGGGGGGGAAGGGGACGAGAGCAGCCCCAACACCGUCGGGCGAGCACCGAAGGACGCCGGGUUUGCUGCUCUGGUGAGGCGCCAGGCGGGUGGGUGGAAGUGCGCCGCGUGCUUGGUGUCUAACGCCGAGGCGGCUUUGAAGUGCGCGUCGUGCGAGGCCGUAAGGCCGGGGCAAGAGGGUAAGGUGGCGGCGUCUGGCGUGUUAGGUGGGGCAGGCAUCUUUGGAGGGUCGGGCAGCGGGCCUAUGGGUGGGUUUACCUUUGGUUCGCCUGUCCCUCCCGUUGCCAAGACGGCCACGGCGUCUUCAACUGCGGUGGCCAGCAGCAGUGGCGGGGGGUUUUCCUUCGGAGCUCCUUCUGUCGUCGCAGGGGCUACACCGUCACCCGCCGCCUCGUUGCAGCCUAGCGCGGGGACCAACGCAGCGGGAGGAUUUACGUUUGGCGCGCCGGUGACGGCGAAGUCGUCGGCCUCAGCGCCCACCGCAGGAACCCCCACCGCUACGAUUGCGUCGGCCAGUAAGGCCGAGGUGGAGCUAACAGAAUCUCCUGAUAACACCGACGGUAGUAGUGACAGCGACGGCGAUAGUGGAGACGAGGAGGAGCGUAAGGAAGAACAGGCCAAGGCGGAGACGGCCUUCGACAAGGUGGACAACGCCGCCAAGGGGUGGGUGGAAGAGAGCCAGUUCGAGGCCCUGAUGGAAGCGGUCGGCACCACCUACGCCGUGGAGGACCACAAGCCGAAGCUGCUGAUGGUCUCUACGGACGGGCGGUUGGAGAAGCAGGCGUUCUUGGCGUGGUACAUGGACUGGCUGUUCGGCGAUGAGGAGUCAUCAGACGAGGAGGGGGAGGUUAAAUCCGGCGUGGCCGCUGAGGGAUCGAAGAUCGCCGGGUUUGCUGCCCUGGUGAAGAGCCAGGCGGGUGGGUGGAAGUGCGCCGCGUGCUUGGUGUCUAACGCGGAGGCGGCUGUGAAGUGCGUGUCGUGCGAGACGGUGAGGCCGGGGCAAGAGGGUAAGGUCGGGGCGUCUAGUGCGGUGGGUGGGGCGGGCAUCUUGGGAGGGUCGGGCGGCGGCCCCACAGGGGGCUUCACGUUCGGGGCACCAGUCCCUACCGUUGCCAAGACGGCGACUGCGGGUUCCACUGUCCCGGCUGAUAGCGGUGCCGGGGGCUUCUCGUUCGGCGCUCCUUGCGCCGUGGUAGGGGCUACAUCUUCAUCCGCCGCUUCGUCGAAGCCUAGCGCGGGGACCAACGCAGCGGGAGGCUUCACGUUUGGUGCGCCGGUGGUGACCGAAUCGUCGGCCUCAGCGCCCGCAGCAGGACCUUCCGCGGCUACGGUAGCAACAGCCAAGGUCGUAGUGGCCGAUAGCUCUGACGACGAUGGUGGCAGCGAUAGCGAUAGUGGAGACGAGGAGGAGCGCCGGGAAGAGAGAGCCAAGGCGGAGGCGGCCUUCGACAAGGUGGACAACGCCGCCAAGGGGUGGGUGGAAGAGAGCCAGUUUGAGGCCCUGAUGGAAGCAGUCGGCACCACCUACGCCGUGGAGGACCACAAGCCGAAGCUGCUGGCGAUCUGCACGGACGGGCGGUUGGAGAAGCAGGCGUUCUUGGCAUGGUACAUGGACUGGCUGUUCGGCGAUGAGGAGUCAUCGGACGAGGAGGGGGAGGUUAAAUCCGGCGUGGCCGCUGAGGGAUCGAAGAUCGCCGGGUUUGCUGCCCUGGUGAAGAGCCAGGCGGGUGGGUGGAAGUGCGCCGUGUGCUUGGUGUCUAACGCGGAGGCGGCUUUGAAGUGCGUGUCGUGCGAGACGGUGAGGCCGGGGCAAGAGGGUAAGGUCGGGGCGUCUAGUGCGGUGGGUGGGGCGGGCAUCUUGGGAGGGUCGGGCAGCGGGCCCACGGGUGGCUUCACGUUCGGGUCGCCCGUUGCUCCCGUUGCCAAGACGGCCGCGGCGUCUUCAGCUGCUCCGGCUGGCAGCAGUGGCGGGGGUUUUUCCUUUGGAGCCCCCUCCCCCGCCCCAGGGACUAUACCGUCACCCGCCGCUUCGCUGCAGCCUAGCGCGGGGACCAACGCAGCGGGAGGCUUCACGUUUGGUGCGCCGGUAAAGGCGGCCUCAGCGGCGGACACAGGAACUGCUACCCCUGCGAUAGUACCGGCCGAUAAGGCCGAGGUGGCGCCAACAGUAGUGGGCAACAACUCCGACGAUGAUAGUGAUGGUGCCAGCGAUAGCGAUAGUGGAGACGAGGAGGAGCGCAGGGAAGAGAGCGCCAAGGCGGAGGCGGCCUUCGACAAGGUGGACACCGCCGCCAAGGGGUGGGUGGAAGAGAGCCAGUUCGAGGCCCUGAUGGAAGCGGUCGGCACCACCUACGCCGUGGAGGACCAUAAGCCGAAGCUGCUGGCGAUCUGCACGGAUGGCCGGUUGGAGAGGCAGGCGUUCCUGACGUGGUACAUGGACUGGCUGUUCGGCGAUGAGGAGUCAUCAGACGAGGAGGGGGAGGUUAAAUCGAGCGUGGCCGCUGAGGGAUCGAAGGACGCCGGGUUUGCUGCCCUGGUGAAGAGCCAGGCGGGUGGGUGGAAGUGCGCCGCGUGCCUGGUGUCUAACGCGGAGGCGGCUUUGAAGUGCGUGUCGUGCGAGACGGCAAAGCCAGGGGAAGAGGGUAAUGUCGGGGCCGGCAUCUUGGGAGGUCCCAGCAGCGGGUCUGCGGGUGGGUUCACCUUCGGAACUCCGUGCAAUACCGCUGUGGCGGCGGCGGCCGAGGCGAGUAGGGUGUCUUCCACUACCGCUGUGGCAACAACCGCCGCGGGAGGCUUUUCCUUCGGAGUUUCGCCGCCCGCUCAAACCAGCGCAGCUCCCGCCGAGAAGCCGGAGAGUAAGCCUUGUGCUGGCUCGGGGGACACUGGAGGUGAUUCGGCCGGUGGCGCGGGCUUGACAAGCGGCAGCUCGACCGGCGGCCUCACGUUUGGGUCGCUGCCCGGCGCUGCGGCGGAUGAGCACGCGGUUGCGAUCAGCUCUGGCUCGUCGGUUGACGUCGGUGGCGGCGGAAGUGAUACUGGGAGCGAUAGCGGGGACGAGGAGGAGCGCAGGGAGGAGAAGGCCAAGGCCGAGAAGGCUUUCGCGGAGGUCGACAGCGCCGCCAAGGGGUGGGUGGAAGAGAGCCAGUUUGAGGCCCUGAUGGAAGCGGUCGGCACCACCUACGCCGUGGAGGACCACAAACCGAAGUUGCUGGCGAUCUGCACGGACCGGCGGUUAGAGAGACAGGCGUUCUUGGCAUGGUACAUGGACUGGCUGUUCGGCGAUGAGGAGUCAUCGGACGAGGAGGGGGAGGUUAAAUCCGGCGUGGCCGCUGAGGGAUCGAAGGACGCCGGGUUUGCUGCCCUGGUGAAGAGCCAGGCGGGUGGGUGGAAGUGCGCCGUGUGCUUGGUGUCUAAUGCGGAGGCGGCUUUGAAGUGCGUGUCGUGCGAGACGGUGAGGCCGGGGCAAGAGGGUAAGGUCGGGGCGUCUAGUGCGGUGGGUGGGGCGGGCAUCCUGGGAGGGUCGGGCGGCGGGCCCACGGGUGGCUUCACGUUCGGGUCGCCCGUUGCUCCCGUUGCCAAGACGGCCGCGGCGUCUUCAACUGCUCCGGCUGGCAGCGGUGCCGGGGGUUUUUCCUUCGGAGCUCCCUCGCCUGCCUCAGGGGCGACACCGUCACCCGCCCCCUCGUCGAAGCCUAGCGCGGGGACCAACGCAGCGGGAGGAUUCACGUUUGGUGCGCCGGUGGCGGCCAAGUCGUCAGCCUCAGCCACCGACAUAGCGCCUGCUCCUGGCGUGGUGUCCGUCGAUACGGUCGAGGGCGAGCCCGCACUUGUGGCCGACGGCUCGGACGUCGACAGCGAUAAUGAUAGUGAGGACGAGGAGGAGCGCAGGGAGGAGAGGGCCAAGGCCGAGAAGGCUUUCACAGAGGUCGACAGCGCCGCCAAGGGGUGGGUGGAAGAGGGCCAGUUCGAGGCCCUGAUGGAAGCGGUCGGCACCACCUACGCCGUCGAGGACCACAAGCCGAAACUGCUGGCCAUCUGCACGGAUGGCCGGUUGGAGAGGCAGUCGUUCUUAGCGUGGUACAUGGACUGGCUGUUCGGUGAUGAGGAGUCAUCGGACGACGAAUGGGGAGAAGGGGACGAGAGCAGCCCCAACGCAGUCGGACGUGCGCCGAAGGACGCCGGGUUUGCGUCUCUGGUGAAGAGCCAAGCAGGUGGGUGGAAGUGCGCCGCGUGCUUGGUGUCUAACGCCGAGGCGGCUUUGAAGUGCGCGUCGUGCGAGACGGUGAGGCCGGGGCGAGAGGGUAAGGUGGCGGCGUCUGGCGUGUUGGGUGGGGCGGGCAUCCUGGGAGGGUCCAGCGGCGCGUCCGGAGGAGGCGGGGGUUUCGUGUUCGGGGCACCGGUUCCGGGUGCGGCUUCGGCGGCGCCAGCCGCGGCGACAUCUUCAUCGUCCACAGAGAACAGGGACGAACGAGAGGUCGCAGCCAAGGCGCCCCCUACGGGGUGCUCAGUGCCGGCCGAGGGGCCCCGCGGGAGACGAAAUGGGGGGGGCGGAGCGGCGGCGGCGGCGGCGGCGACCGCAGGCUUGGCUAGCAAGGGAGCAGACCCUCCCGCCGGUGAGGGAGGUGCUGCCGGGGGCUUCACGUCCCCGACGCCGCGGGUCGUCGCGACGGCGCCAAGCCGAGACGGUGGCGGCGUUGGCGGCGACGGCGGCGGGAGCCACUUCUUCGGCCCGGGCAGCAGGGGCGAGGUGGAUGCGCAGGGCGAGGGUGUUCCGGACGCGGGAAGCAGCCCCCGGGCGGGAGGAAUACUUUCGCCGAGGGCUUUGGAAAACCUCACGCCUAGGUCUCGGGCCCGCAGGCGGGCGAGCGCGUCGGUGAAGCUCCGGAGGGGAUCAAUCGGGCCGGCGGCUGGGCAGCACAAGACGGCGUCAAUCGGAGGGCUGGGCGGCGGUAACGCAGCUAUUGUUUCUGUCGGCGGCGGCGCAGGCGCAGGCGCAGGCGCAGGCGCAAGCGCCGACCACGAGGAGACUGGGACGAAAGAGGAGGAGGAGGACGGGCCGUCCCUGUUCGGCGGAGAGCCCAAGCUCUACUGAUGAUCGGUUCCGCCCCAUGCUGUCUCCGAAGGGGGGGCGUAACGCCGCUGGUAAAUAGUGGUGAUGCUCGGAGCUAGGCCGAGGCUCGACCUAGAGGGUCUGGUGCGGCACCAGCGGCAGAGCAGACGCGGUGGUGGGUGUUUGCGGCCUUGUGGCGGGUUCUGAAACAAGGAGGCGUUGGGACAGGAACGGGGAGGUCGUGAGGGACGAGAGUCUUUGAUGUCGGAGCGAGCUGGCGGCAACGAGAGCCGGCGGCGGCGGCGGCCAACGCGGUGGCGCCGGCCUCCGCAAGACGGGCUCAGGGGCCAAUAGUUGGUUCAUCUUUAAACUGUAGAGAUAGGUGGUUAUAGGCGCAGAAGAGAGGGUUGAAAGCACGUUUGGUGUUCGAGGUAGAGGAUAGCUAAGUCUCCAGGUCGAACCCAUGUUUGUUCGAGGGCGUUGGCAACCUGCUGGGACAGUCUGCCCGAGAGGACCGGGAAGGGAGUGGAGAAGAGCGCCUACAGAGAUUGGUGCCCUCCGAGGGCAGGGGCAAGGGGUAGGCGUUGGACCCCGUGAGCUGAGAGCGGAAGGUGGCCUCUGCCCAUCCCGUCCAUCAUUGGAGAAGAAGAUAGAUGUUCAUCUGUUCACGCAGCACACACUAUCAAAUCAAUUAUCGAUUUUACAGGCAGUUCGUUUCACAAUCACACGUUUGUGUCCAGUCGCUGUUGCGGUUUAGAGCGGUUCUUGGUCGGUUUUCCCGGUUGUAACGUUGUAACCAGUAUAGUAUGCCGAAACGGUAUAUCAAGUGUUGUUGCGUUUCGUACGGCAAUUUGCCGUGUGGCCUAUGUACAUGUAGCCGUUGCUCGAGCUUGUAUUUUUGUUUGUUUCCCGUUUGGCGGUUUCUCGGCAAACCCCUGAUGAGCAUGCGAUUUAGUCACAUCCUUCCCUUCAAUGGGGGGACAGAGCAUGGCGCGAAUUAGGCACAUGACGUCGGGAAGAACCUGCUGGCUUCUCUUUCUUUGGCUGCAUGCCGGUGGUUUUAAGCAGUUUUUGCGGAUAGAGGGCGGGGAGAAUGUGUUGCUGUUUUGGUGCGAGGAUUGGAAGUGUAAUGUGGUUGUGGGAUUCAGUCGAGCG